AUGGCUCAGGUGCUGCACAUGGACCCCAGCUUCCCAGGAGGUAUGGUCCUAACUUUACUCUUUCUAUUUCUUAACAUCAUAAUACUGAAUCAUCUCCCACAAACUAUCAUGUGAGUGGAUAAUCAAUUUCUCAUGUAGGGACUCUUUCCAAGACACAGAUUAAGACUAAAAAGUCAUUUCAACAGAGAUUCUCCAUUGGGCAUACUUUUUAGUCCAGGAUUUAACUUAAUCGGCCUUGGCCUAAAGUAUUUAACAUCCAAAAUAACUUAGAUCAACCUAAGGACUUUAGAUAUCUUACAUCCAUCAAGGUCUGGCUAUAACCUACUACUUUAUUUAUCAUACUUUGUGGGACCUACUAUUAGAGUACAUACCCAAACACUCAGUAUCCCUGAGAGAUAAUGCUAUUUUCUGAAGUCUGAGUCCAAGAUUAGACGGCAGAUUUCCGCUUGUUUUAACUAUAUUUCCUGUUGCCUGCAGGGAAGCUUAUCCCAUCCGCUCCCCCCUCCCUGCACGGGAAGGAGCAGGAGGCGCCCUACUCUGUGGAGACCCCCUACGGCUACCGUCUGGACCUGGACUUCCUCAAGUAUGUCAACGACAUCGAGAAGGGCAACACCAUCAAGAAGGUGCCCGUCCAGCGCCGGCCCCGCUACGGGUCUCUCCCCCGGGGGUACGGCUACACAGGCUCCUGGUGGACCUCCACAGAGUCCCUGUGCUCCAACACCAGCCAGGACAGCCGCCAAUCAUCCUUCUCCUACUGCGCCCCAGGCUACCACCCACAUAGCUCCCACUCCCAGAGGCCCAGCUUCAGCACGGCCCGGGUGGAGAAGACCCUGCUGGAUGCCCGCAGGAAGUUGGAGGAAGAGAAAGAAGGCGCCCCCAGGAGGUUCUCCAGCACACUGGGUAGCAUGCACAAUAGCAUGGCCGGAUCCACCACCUCCCUGAGCAGCGCCCACAGCUACAACCGCACCCAUGGAGGAGGAACGGGCUCCUUCACCCCCAUGAGCUCAGGCCUCUCCACACCUGUGUCGCCCACCCCGGCCCACCUGCAGCAUGUGAGAGAGCAGAUGGCGGUGGCUCUCAGGAAGAUCCGAGAGCUGGAGGAGCAGGUGAAGACCAUCCCUGUGCUCCAGGUGAAGAUUUCUGUGCUGCAGGAGGAGAAGAGGCAGCUAAGUGUCCAGCUGAAGAGCCAGAAGUUCCUGGGACACACCCUGGGCUUCGGCAGAGCGGGCCGGCCCCGAGGGGAGCUCUACAUCGACAUCCCAGAGGAGGAGGUGAGCUCUGGAGCUGGAGCCACCACCAGGGCUGCUGCAGGGCCUCUGUCCCCCACCACCCCCACCACCCCCGAGGGCUCCAGGCCGCAGGCAGACUCAGGCUGUGAGAUCGAGGACACAGUGAUCGUGGGUGGAGCGCGGCCGGCUGGGCGGAGGGAAGUGCGUACCAUUGGGGUGGGACCAGAGGAGACGAGGGGUAGCCGGCAGGUGGAUGUGGGCGUUGGGGUGCAGGAGCAGGACCUGGGGCUGGUGCCGGAGACAGAGGCCCUGAAGAGCCAAGUGGGCCAGCUGGAGGGCCAGCUGAAGAGGACAAUGCAGGAGGUGCAGGCAGCUCAGAGGGAGAGGCAGGCUCAGGCAGCUCAGGCCCCUCAGGCAAACCACUCGGUCAGGGCUAGCAGUCUGAGCUGGCAAGAACAGCAGGGACGCAGCCUGCAGACGGUAGUCAGCUUUACCCAGCAGCCCUAUCACCGGGCGCAGAGGACUGUGGGAAUCCAGGUGUACACGCUGGAGCAACCAGCCACUGUGGUGGGGGUGGGCACGUUGCUCCGAGCAGAGAGGUGCAGCUCCCCCUCCCUCCCUCCAGGUGGUACAGUCCUGGAGGGAACUCACAGAGGACAUGCACAGGCCCUGGGCCCAGAGGGUAGGUCUGACUUCAGUGAUAAGUUAAAAGUGAUAUCAAAUUAAAUGAAGUAGGUUUAAAUGGGGCAGCAGGUAGUCUAGUGGUUAAAAGCGUUGGGCCAGUAACCGAAAGGUCGCUGGUACGAAUCCUUGACCCGACUAGGUAAAAACUCUGUCUGUGCCCUUGAGCAAGGCAGUUAACCCUAAUUGCUCAUGUAAGUCGCUCUGGAUAAGAGUGUCUUCUAAAUUGUAAAAUGUUUUCUAUAACAAUAAGUUGUUUGGUUGAAAAACCAUGAGUUUUCUUUGAUUGUUGAUCCCUUCCAUCUUUUGUCCUCUUCCUUUCCAUUCCUCCAGAUGCACCUGUUGAGCUGCCCAUCGCCAUCUCAUCCAAACAGGUCAGAGAGGUCCUAAGAAGUGAGCUGUCCACCUCUGUUCCUGUCACUAAUCCUGCCAUCGCCAUUGAUACCAUUGGUAAUCAGAUGGCUUUACUGCAUCUGAAGGAAGGAGAGACACCCCAGCACACUGCCAUAAACACAGUCCAGUCUCAAGAAGACCCAUCAAAGCCAGGUAACUAUGGACCAUUAGUACAACUCCUUACCUUAACCCUCCCGCUAACUGUCCCUGACGUAACAUAACAUUGUGGCAACAUUGGGUGUCCUCUCCAGCUGCAGCAGCCUCUCCCCAGACCGCCCUGAGGUCCAUUAUGAAACAUAAGGCAGAGGUAGAACAUGGCUCUCCAUCCACCAAGAAGAACCUGCAGUUCAUUGGAGUCAAUGGAGGGUAUGUGUGUUAUUGAUAGUGUAUGACAUUGUUUAUGUGUAACAGUGUAUUCAUGUUACACUACAGAGAUUGUGAGUUGAUGUGUGUGAUAGAUGAGUUCCCCCUGUCCUGUCCUGCAGGUAUGAGUCCACCUCCUCAGACGACAGUAGCAGUGAGAGUUCAGAGGAGAGUGAUGCCAGUGAAUACCAUGAGACCACAGAUAAACUACCAGCAGCAGCAGCAGAGGGUGCAGCAGGACAGCACCAGCAAGCAGCAGCAGUCCCAGUCUCCUCCACAAAGGUAGAGCAGGCCACCCCGCUCCCAGCCACUACCAUCCAACCACCAGCCUGUGAACCUGCCUCUGAGCGGAGCACCAGCCAAUCAGCAGCCAUAAGCAUAGGACUACAGCAUGUAGCCACCGUAUCACCAGCCUUGAACACUGCCAUGCAGCAAUGUGCCUCUCAGCCACCAGACUCUGACUCCGCCCCCACUGAGAGUACCUACCCGUCUCCAGCCAAUGACUGUGUCCGUCAGGAGAGUAUUGCCCAAUCAUCGGUCCCAGACCCCAUCCCUCAGGAGAGUACCUCCAUAAAUACAAGCACUGAACCCACUACACCUGAGCAGUGCACCGUCCAAUCAGCACCUACCUGUUCUGCACCCCCCAAGCCACCCAGAUGCCAACCAGAAGCCACUAACCCGGAAGUAAAGAAGGGUGUCACCCAAUCAAGUACCACUGAUGUCACCGUUCAGCUAGAUGCCAUCAAAUCACAAACUACUGACCUCGCCCCUCAGCAUGGGGCUACCCAAUCCUCAGCCACUGAACAAAGCUCCCAGCAGAGGAUAAUCCAAUCAUCAGCCUCGACGCCAGCACCUGAAAACGCCUCAAAUGCUACUUCAUCAGCCAAUCAACAAACCAGGUAAACCAGCAUAACCAUUUUAAAGCCAACAUCUGUAGAUUUGUCAUUCCAUCAGUGAUCUCAUGUGCAGUAUGAUAUUGUGUUUGUAUGUGUUUGCUUGAAUUUGCUGUGUUUUCUUUCAUCUCCCUCAGACUGGAGUUGAGUGAGAGCCUGAUGGCAUCUCUCCAUGCCCUGCAGAAAGCCCUGGGUGAACCAAAUGCUUUCAGCCAGCAAGGAGCGGUAUGCUAUUCUCUUUUACUCUGCCCACCAUGCCAGUUUAGAUUACUUAAUCUGUGACCAGCCAUUUCAUAUAGUCACUUUCUACAUGAUUGUGUUCAUGUAACCGACCGGGAUUUGAACUCGGGUUCAAAAACCUGCACUUUACAAUACUGGGUUAUCCCAUUAAGCUAAAGCUGUUAGGCCUACAUUCAUAGAGUACCAGUCAAAAGUUUGGACACACCUACUCAUUCAAGGGUUUUUCUUUAUGUUUACUAUUUUCCACAUUGUAGAAUAAUAGUGAAGACAUCAAAACUAUGAAAUAACACAUAUGGAAUCAUGUAGUAACCAAAAAAGUGUUAAACAAAUAUAUUAUAUAUUUGAGAUUCUUCAAAGUAGCCACCCUUUGCCUUGAUGACAGCUUUGCACACUCUUGGCAUUCUCUCAACCAGCUUCACCUGGAAUGCUUUUCCAACAGUCUUGAAGGAGUUCCCACAUUUGCUGAGCACUUGUUGGCUGCUUUUCCUUCACUCUGCGGUCCAACUCAUCCCAAACCAUCUCAAUUGGGUUGAGGUUGGGUGAUUGUGGAGGCCAGGUCAUCUGAUGCAGCACUCCAUCGCUCUCCUUCUUGAUCAAAUAGCCCUUACACAGCCUGGAGGUGUGUUUGGUCAUUGUCCUGUUGAAAAACAAAUGAUAGUCCCACUAAGCGCAAACCAGAUGGGAUGGCGUAUCGCUGCAGAAUGCUGUGGUAGCCAUGCUGGUUAACUUUUAACAAGUCACACCUGUUAAUUGAAAUGCAUCCCAGGUGACUACCUCAUGAAGCUGGUUGAGAGAAUGCCAAGAGUGUGCAAAGCUGUCAUCAAGGCAAAGGGUGGCUACUUUGAAGAAUCUCAAAUAUAUAAUAUAUUUGUUUAACACUUUUUUGGUUACUACAUGAUUCCAUAUGUGUUAUUUCAUAGUUUUGAUGUCUUCACUAUUAUUCUACAAUGUAGAAAAUAGUAAAAAUAAAGAAAAACCCUGGAAUGAGUAGGUGUGUCCAAACUUUUGACUGGUACUGUAAGUGUAUCAUAAACAGUGUGAGUUAGUCUUUGACCAGUCCUGUCUGGUUGUUAGUCUGAGACCAGUCUGUGUUUUCCCUCCCCAGAGGACAGCCUACACCACAGUGCUCCAGGAGUGGCUGCGUGUGUCCUGUCACAAGGCAGCUGACACUGCCGCUGUCAGGGCCUAUAUGGACACCUUCUCGUCCGUCUCCCAACAGCUGCUGAAGUUUGUGGUCAAUAUGGCUGACGGCAACGGCAACACGGCCCUGCACUACACCGUCUCCCACUCCAACUUCCCUGUGGUCAAGCUGCUGCUGGACACUGGUGAGUGACUGGGGGAUGUGAGUGUUUACAGACAGAGAAUGGUGGUUUGAAUGGUGGGCAAGUAAGUGUUUGGUUUGUUUGUACAGUAUAUGGAUCAGCACUGUAUGAAUGUAUAUAUCUAACACAGACUUGUGGUCUGCCAAAGGGCCAUAGAUACAAUUGACUGUAUGUAUAACCUUUAUGUACUGCAUGACUGUUAGUGGAAUGGUUUAGGAAUAUAAUUCCCAUAAUAAACGUGUCCUGCUCUCUCUCGCUCCCUGUCAGGCCUGUGCAAUGCUGACAAGCAAAACAAGGCAGGCUACACUGCCAUCAUGCUGACAGCUCUGGCUGCCUUCCACUCUGACAGUGACCUUCACACAGUCCUGCAGCUGCUGCGCACAGGGGACGUGAAUGCCAAGGCCAGCCAGGUACACUAUGCCCCCUGAUGGACAGCAGGGCUCCCUGCACACAGCCAAGCUCAGGCAAACCAAUGACGUCCCUCCCAAGCCCCUGACAAAAUGGCUAUUUGAGCUACUUCAGUUAGAUAGCUCCUUUGCAUGUAUGUUGUUGAUAGCUCCACAUUCUAUCUAUGUUCUGAUGGAAUGAAAAUUCACAAUUGGUUAUGUUGGGCCAGGACAUGUCUUUUGUUUAACCUCCAAUGGUUUUGUAAUUUUGUGUAAGAAAAGCUGACUGGGUGUUCGGCCAGCUCUUAUAACUACUGCCUGGAGUUUUUCCAGGUCAGAAGGUCACAUGGUCAGGAGACUGGUAAAACUCGAGGCCCUCCUAACCGGUAACUGUUGUGUGUUGUUAGGCGGGUCAGACGGCGUUGAUGCUGGCGGUGAGUCACGGCCGAGGGGACAUGGUACGGGCGCUGCUCUCCUGCGGGGCACAGGUCAACAUCCGCGAUGAUGACGGCUCCACGGCACUCAUGUGUGCCUGCGAACACGGCCACGUCGACAUCGUUCGUCAGCUGCUGUCUGUGCCAGGCUGUGAUGUCACCCUCACUGAUAAUGUAAGUCAACAAACUACUCCCAAGCUUCUAGGAUUUUACAUUUUAUUUGGUUGUUUUCCCACCCCGUUUUCCCUACUCCCUGUCUAACAGUAUCUGUGAGUCUGUCUCCUAUGUCUAUACAGUGUCUGUGAGUCUGUCUCCUAUGUCUAUACAGUGUCUGUGAGUCUGUCUCCCAUGUCUAUACAGUGUAUGUGAGUCUGUCUCCCAUGUCUAUGCAGUGUCUGUGAGUCUGUCUCCCAUGUCUAUACAGUGUAUGUGAGUCUGUCUCCCAUGUCUAUACAGUGUAUGUGAGUCUGUCUCCUAUGUCUAUGCAGUGUCUGUGAGUCUGUCUCCCAUGUCUAUACAGUGUCUGUGAGUCUGUCUCCCAUGUCUAUACAGUGUCUGUGAGUCUGUCUCCCAUGUCUAUACAGUGUCUGUGAGUCUGUCUCCCAUGUCUAUACAGUGUCUGUGAGUCUGUCUCCCAUGUCUAUACAGUGUCUGUGAGUCUGUCUCCCAUGUCUAUGCAGUGUCUGUGAGUCUGUCUCCCAUGUCUAUACAGUGUCUGUGAGUCUGUCUCCUAUGUCUAUGCAGUGUCUGUGAGUCUGUCUCCCAUGUCUAUACAGUGUCUGUGAGUCUGUCUCCCAUGUCUAUACAGUGUCUGUGAGUCUGUCUCCCAUGUCUAUACAGUGUCUGUGAGUCUGUCUCCCAUGUCUAUACAGUGUCUGUGAGUCUGUCUCCCAUGUCUAUGCAGUGUCUGUGAGUCUGUCUCCCAUGUCUAUGCAGUGUAUGUGAGUCUGUCUCCCAUGUCUAUACAGUGUCUGUGAGUCUGUCUCCCAUGUCUAUGCAGUGUCUGUGAGUCUGUCUCCCAUGUCUAUACAGUGUCUGUGAGUCUGUCUCCCAUGUCUAUACAGUGUCUGUGAGUCUGUCUCCCAUGUCUAUACAGUGUCUGUGAGUCUGUCUCCCAUGUCUAUACAGUGUCUGUGAGUCUGUCUCCCAUGUCUAUACAGUGUCUGUGAGUCUGUCUCCCAUGUCUAUACAGUGUCUGUGAGUCUGUCUCCCAUGUCUAUGCAGUGUCUGUGAGUCUGUCUCCCAUGUCUAUACAGUGUCUGUGAGUCUGUCUCCCAUGUCUAUACAGUGUCUGUGAGUCUGUCUCCCAUGUCUAUGCAGUGUCUGUGAGUCUGUCUCCCAUGUCUAUACAGUAUCUGUGAGUCUGUCUCCCAUGUCUAUACAGUGUCUGUGAGUCUGUCUCCCAUGUCUAUACAGUGUCUGUGAGUCUGUCUCCCAUGUCUAUACAGUGUCUAUGAGUCUGUCUCCCAUGUCUAUACAGUGUCUGUGAGUCUGUCUCCUAUGUCUAUACAGGUUUGUUUUUACUUUCUCCUCUGUCUUUGUCUCUCUGUACUCUCUAAUUUGCUCUCUCUCUCUGUGGUGCAGCUCCGUGAACCAGUUCCCAACCCUGUCUCUCAUCCCUCCCUCAGCCUGACCUACUUUCUCUUGCCUUUCUCACUCUCUCUCUCUUUGGCAACCAACCUCUGGUUAUUAUCGAUCUCUCUCUCCACUAGGAUGGCAGUUCAGCCCUGUCCAUAGCCCUUGAGGCCAGUCAGAAUGACAUCGCUGUGCUUCUCUACGCUCACCUCAACUUCGCCAAGCCUCCUUCCCCU